AUGGAGUGUACUUCCGAACAGAUCAUGAAGCUUCUGAGGGAAAUUGAUAAUCUGGUGAAGAAUAAUGAAGGACAGCACUACACCAUUGAGAUCUUCAUGAAUAAUAAACUCAGAAAGUCGGACGAGAGAAAGAAGAAAGAGGAGCUGAGGAAGGCAAACAUGGAGAUACAGGAGAAGAGAGACAGACAAGAGCAGAUUAAAGGAAUACACCAAGAGGAGAAUACAAAUGCAAAGCAAAGCGUAGAAGAGAGACAAAAAGGAGAUCAUGAUGAUGUGAGUCCGGAGGGUGAAGAAUAUGGACCGGUGAGCAAGACAAAAGACACACUGCCAGCUAAUGGAGAAGCUGCUCAGGUAGAGAUCCAGUCACAGGAGGAGGAUCAGGAAGACUGGGAAAUCCUGAUGUGGGAGUAUGUAAGAGAAAAUGAAAAGAUGCAUCUGUCAAGUCAUGAUCUGAGGAUUGUGUUACUGGGUAAAACUGGAUCAGGAAAGAGUGCGACAGGAAACACUAUACUAGGCAAAAAUAAGUUUAAGGAAGAUUGUUGUGCUAAAUCUGUUACUAGACACUGUGAAACUCAUGAGACAACAGCGGAGGGAAGAACAAUCUCAGUGACCGACACUCCAGGACUGUUUGACACAUCAAUCACAAAUGAAGAAAUGAAGUCUGAGAUCGAGAGGUGUGUUGAGAUGUCUGUUCCUGGUCCUCAUGUGUUUCUGCUGGUCAUCAGACUGGGGAGAUUCACAGAGGAGGAGAAGGACACAGUGAAAUGGAUUCAUGAGAACUUUGGAGAGGAUGCUGCGCAUUACACCAUCAUUUUGUUCACUCAUGCUGAUGCACUGAAUAAAUCUUUAGAUGAAUAUAUCACAGAGAGUUCAGAUCUACUGGCAUUAACCGAGAACUGUGGUGGAAGAAAUCACUUAUUCAACAAUGCAGACAGAGAGAAACAAACUCAGGUCGCAGAGCUGCUGCAGAAGAUUGAUAGCAUGGUGAUGAUGAAUGGAGGAAUGUUCUACACUAAUGAGGUUUAUAAGCAAGCUCAAAAAAAGAUUAGUCAAGAGCAUUUUAGAAAAAGAAUGAAAGACUUUGGAAAAACAGCAAUUGCUGUUAUCGGAGGAGGAGCAGUGGCGGUUGCAGCGGUUGCAGCUGCGGGAGGACCGACCGCAGUAAUGAGGGCCGCAGCCGUUGCAGCAGAAGAACUUACAUUAAGAGCGGCACGUUUAAAGUAAAGUGGUUUUCAAAUGCUAACUGGCAGCAUGCAUCAAUUAAUAAUUUGUUGCCCGUACAAUUAAAAGGUUACAUAUUAAGCUUCAAAGUAUUUUACUUUGUUGAUAAAACCUUAUUGUUUUUCAAAAAAUUUUUUUUUCAAAAUGCGUGGUAAAGUCAACAAUUUGUGUUAAGAGAGCAUGACUCUUUGGAAAAGAUGGGAUAAACUUACGAAUCAAUGUAAACUGAUGCAUUUCUGCUGUAUUUAAAGUCAUUGGUUUAUGGAAGAAUGUGAACUUGCACUAUGACAGCACUUAUAAACUACAUCAGCAAACUGUCCACUACUUUACAGAGGAAUGGGAUGAUGAUUUUAAUACUAGACGGAGCUAUUUUUGCAACUUUACUCAUUAAAUUGAUGUGAUUUCAAACAAAUGACCAUAAUUUUUAGUAAAUUAUGUGGGGUUUUUAAUUUCUAAACAUGAUGUCGAUUGUCUGCUAUUUAAAGAUGUGGUAAAUAAUAUAUAUAUAUAUAUAUAUAUAUAUAUAUUAUAUAUAUAUAUAUAUACAGUAUAUUGUAUUAAAUGCAAACUGCAAGCGUGCACAUAUCAUAACGCUGUUGAUUCAUCAGCUGGUCAUUUAUCUGAUAAACAUUAUACCAAAGAUCACGUAAAAAAGCAGCCUUUUUUUGAAAGAUCUUUGCUAAAGAUCUGGAGAUCUGGAAAACGCCUGUGAUGAUGAGCACAGAGGUCAUCACGUGAAUGUCAGUUCACAGUACUAAGGUACGGAGAGGUGUAGGUGCAACUGAAUCAAAGAUACACAUUGUGUUAAAAAGCAUGUUUAUUGACCCCUAAAGAUGGUACGAUCCAUUCGUUUUGGGCGGGAAGUGUAAAUGUAUAUAGGUGCGAGUGAGACAAAGGAAAGUAAGGUUGGUUGAGCAUGGUUGGGGUGAGAAAAAGACCCAAGCCCGCAAAUGUCUUUCUACAUGUCGAGGCUAGCGUGAUGUAUGGUUUUGUGGCUCAAAGGCUAGCGUGAUGUAUGGUUUUGUGGCUCACAGCAUGUUUUUUGUUUCAAUGUUUGUAUAGUCAGUUUAAAAAAAUAUAUGUUUUUUUUCUUUUUAUUCUUAUUGUGGGUAAAGUCUACGGAUUCAUUCACGU